AUGGCCUUCUUCAUCCCCGUUCCCGCCUCCUCCUUCUCCAUCCCGCACAGAUCCCAAGUGGUUGCGAAUUUCUACGCGCACACGAACCCGGAGAGCCACCCGUUCCCGCAGCCGGUCGAGCUCCGCUCGUCGAUGAGCGAGGACGAAUGGCACGCCCGGACCCUGGCGAUCUGGACCCACUUUGCGCGCUACACGUGGGCGAGAGUCUUGCGCGCAUACCUGGUCUUGGCCCUGCUCCUGAGCUUGGUCGGCCCGAUCUCGGCCAACCUCGUCGUCCAUCGAAUCCUCUACAAUGGCGUCGAGCCCAUCAGCUUGAACUCCAGCGACGACGAGAUUCGCGAACGGCUCUCGCUGAUCAGAAGAGGCCAUAUGAUCAACUUCAUCGUCGUUUGUCUCAUCUUUGUGAUCCUUUGGGCUCCCUACUUGAGCUACAAGUCUCUGGGACGAAGACGACUAGCAGCCUUGCUCAGGUCUUUCAAUCAGGCCGAUGCAGCCAAGGGCAACAUGCAGGCUUUAAACUGGAUUUGCAGCCGAACCUCGACAUUCCAAUCCAACGGAACAGUGGUGAUUGAGCUUCCCGUUGCCUUUGUGUCUGCGAACCAGCCCAGCCUGUUCCACCAGGCCGCCUAUCUGCCGGACUACAUCCAGAAGCCGGCCGCGCCCCAGGCCCCGCCCAUGUAUACCCACGCGACCGCCCAAAAGGGCCCCGGGCUGGCCGGCGCCACCCACGCCGACGUUGCGCACAAAGCCUGA